ACUCCGAGCUCAGUGUGUACUGCAUUGCAACGGAAAAUAUGCGUGUUUACCAAAGUCGUUUCGGUACAACGGUGCCGUGUGUUGCGUCACGUCGAGGAAAUUGAUAGUGCGAGGUCGACGUGACUAACAUACUUGUGAUCUUGCUUUCGUUUUGUGAUUAAAUACGAUUAUUCCGAUUAAUUAUACGUGCAAAAGUGUCGUUUUCCACCAUGGAUUAUAUUUUAUGCGACGUCGAUAUCCCCCGAGGAAGCCAAAUUAUAGCACGACGCCCCUUCGUGAGGCGCGUCCUGUAUAACCUUGCUAUGUUGUUACGAGCUCGCACAAGAUGGCGGCGUGGGGAGGGGCGAGGGCGCCCAGUUGGCCAGGUGCUGCCGCCGCGUCGAGUUCGGCGCUAUAGCUAACUAAAUAGGUACGCAGCGCAGCGCAGUGUUGUACAUUUAGAACGCUCACAAUGGCUACCGCGAAAGACACGUCUGCUUUCUUACUCGAGGCAGAUGCGACACAGUUCGACAGUGUUUUGAAGUUGUAUCCGCAAGCUAUGAAAUUAAAGGCCGAACAGAAAACAAAGAGACCCGAGGAGCUGCUCAAGUUGGAUAAUUGGUACCAGAACGAACUGCCAAAGAAAAUCAAAUCACGAGGGAAAGAUGCCCACAUGAUACACGAAGAACUAGUUCAGCUUAUGAAAUGGAAACAAUCUAGAGGCAAAUUCUUCCCACAACUGUCAUACUUGAUCAAAGUGAACACACCCAGAGCAGUGAUGCAAGAGACGAAGAAGGCUUUCAAGAAACUGCCAAACAUAGAAUCAGCCAUGACGGCGCUCAGUAAUCUUAAGGGUGUAGGUACUGCCACAGCAUCAGCGCUGCUAGCGGCUGCAAGCCCAGAAAUCGCACCAUUCAUGGCCGACGAGUGCGUACAAGCAAUCCCCGAAAUGGAAGGGAGCGACUACACUGCCAAGGAAUACCUCAACUAUGUUAAACACAUUAAAACUGUCUGUGAUAGAUUAAACAAGGAACAAAAUGGCUGCGGCAAAAAAUGGUCCCCACAUAUGGUGGAACUGGCGGUAUGGACACACAACAUCCUAUCAGACCUACAGCCAGAGACAUUAGGCAAAGAGCCAAAGCUGACAACAGAGCCCACAAACGGCGGAUCACCGCUACCUAGUGACGAGAGUAAUCUUGAACCACCAUCCACAAAUGGAAAUGGUAAACUGGUAGACACAGUGGACGACACGACGUCGUGCACAGAGGACUCUCUGGACGCGAAGGGCGACCCCUCCCCCGCCACCCCCGCGACACCCGCCUCGCCCUCAGACAACUCAGAUUCAGCGCUCAGCACGCCGAGAGCUAAACGACAAAUAGAAGAAGCGAGUUCGGCGGAGGAGAACUCAUUGGGCGACAGCUGCGACGCACCGUCCGCCAAGAAACCCCGGGAAACCGAGCACUGACACCCCGUGCGCAUAUAAAUAGCAUUCUAGACUAAAACAUUGUACCUAGGUAAUUUAUUUUUCAAUUCCGAUUUAAUUUUAACUUAGGCGUUAAGUUAAGAUUUUUGUAAGUUUUGUAAUUCGGAUGCGUCCCCGCAUCGGCCGGCGGGGGUGGUAAGGACGAUUCUGCUAUUUUAAUUCAACGUACAGCUUCGAUUUGGUUUCGAUACAGUCUCGGUAAAUAAUAUAAUCGUAUUCUCAUAAGACGUCAACGUCAAACGCGUUCUGCUUGGUCGAACUCCAAAAAGGCGUUUGAAGUUUGUUUGGUAUGAGAAUACUAUUUUGAUAGGAUUCGGUCUGGAUCAAAGUUGGAUUAGAAUAGCGGAAUCGGGGUCCAGAUCGUGAAUUUUAAUGAAUUGUGUAAUGAAUGAUAAUGAUAUAAUGAAUGUAAUGAUAGACCUCGGCCACGUUUGCGUUGAGGCCUACAGACCCGUUUCGAGUUAUUUUACCUCUGUUUCACCUUUAUGUCGACGGCAAAAGGUUGAAUAUCUGAGUUAAAAUAGCUCCAAACGAAUAGUUUACUCGCAUCCCGCGUGACAUUCCAAUAAUUGUAUGGCGGCAUUCCGCCGAGCUGCGGCUCACUCACCAUUGCCUUAUGACACAGUCUGCAGAGUUUAUAGGAGGGCGGUUCGUACAGGUGACUGACAUACCACUUAUGUUAUUUUAUAAUUGUAUCGUUUUCUCAUUGGUCCCUUAAAGUGGGGAAUUCCCUGCGACAUUUGUAGCGCAGCAGGACAACGGCACAGCAGCGCGCGACGUUGCCAGUUCGCGCGCAUCAUUGCCAGCUCGCGUAAUUUAGUAGACAGGCAGCUUUGCCUGCUUAUUUUCGACACGUUGCGCUCCAAAUAUUGCCUAGUGGACACAGCUUAUAUCUUUUUAUCGAGUUUUAAAAAACAGGGGACCAAUGUGUGUCUGUCUGUCUGUCUUACUCUGGUGUACUUUCGGCACACCUGUACGCGCCACCCCGCGGAUACAAAGGUCGUGUUACCCGGGCCCCGGGCACACGGGCCCACAAUGUAGUUUUUAUUGAACAAAUAUAAAAUAUUAAUUUUAUAAUGUG